UUUUUGUCAACCCCCCUUUCUAUCUCUAUCUCUUUCUUCGUUUUUCUGCUUUCCUCUCCUCUCAUCCCAUGGCGUUAAUACCUCCGCCCUCCUCUUCAUGGCGAUGGUACCUCCGCCAGUCUGCCCUCUUUUCUCCUGUUUAUCUUCUUCGACAUCAGAGUAAUCGCUCACCACCACUCCUCUUCCUUUUUGAUGGUGCUUAAAGACUAAAAUAUGGUAUCAUCGUCACCAUGAAUCUCCCUUGCAAGGUUUCUAAGUUUUCGUACCUUCAUAAGUCUCCCUGGAAGGAAUGGAUUGAGGAUUUCGGAUGCUAAUGCGAGCACACUAGAAUAGAAGUUGGAUGGAUGAGAUCAGAAAUCCCUGGAAUGGGUGGAAUGAAAAACAGGAUGUUUCCUAGAAAGAAACCUGGAGCAUUAGAUGAAUGAUAUGAGUAGAAUAUAACAAUUCGGAAUCUUAUAAAUCAUGUGUGCUGGUCUAUCAGGAGUUUUGUAAGCAUAAGCACUCACUGCAGCCUGCAGAGGGGAAGGAAUAUUCAUUAAAGGUUGAUGUCAUUAGCGGGAGUCUGUGGUUCUUGGUUAAAUGUCUCUGAAAUGGAGAGAAGGGAGCCUUGAUAGUGUGCUGAUAUGUUCUAUGUUUACGAUUCCGUGAUCUGGUAUGCUCGUCAAGAGACAUGUUGAUGGAUCACUAGCAUUCUAGGACUACAACAUAGAACUGGAGGAUCACAGAGGGCAGAAGGUUAAAUUUGACUGAGCAAUAAUGAUGGGUCUGCAUAUAAAAAGAGGAAAAAACUAAUGAGAAAAAAAGAGUACAAAUUAGAGGUGCUUCUAAUGGGAGAGGGGGUCUUUCUCUCUUGAUACGAAAUUCAUAGAGUGCAUUGAUAAUAUUACGAUCUUUCAAUUUGACAUGGUGUGGUGACAUCAACUUCUUUCAAUCUAAAGGGCAUCUUGCAAAAUCUAGAAGAGUAUUGAACAUUCUCACGGAAAAUUUGUCUCUCGUGCAAGAGAGCUUAACAACAGCCAUAGCCUAGAUAUGUCAUUAUAUUUGAGGUUGGAGCUAUUGGAAGGUGUGGCAGCAUUUCACUGUGGCAAAUUCGACAAAUGCAGAGAAGCUUUGACAUUUGCCAAAGUAAGGUUCGAUAAGUUCACCUACAACUCAGCUUUGGAAACAGCUUCAUGCAAGUAGUAUUGAUGGAGAAGCUAUCUGAGGCUUAAUUUCAGAACUGCAAGAGUGUUGAUCGCAAAUUGUGUACAGCAGAUCGAACAACCAAAAAACGGGGGCACGAAAAUGGCAGCUUACACAAUGAAGUCAGACAAGACUUUCCUUCGAUGUUUGGACACAGGAGCGAUCGAAGUAUACGAGUUGGAUAGUCCUUACCUAUUUCCGGUAAAAGGGAAACAAUGGAGUCACCUUGGAAUCAGUAUAGGGCCCGGCAACAAACAUGAAGUGCUGAAGAUCGGGGACAGAGAUAUCAGUGGUGAUAAUCUGCGGACCUUGAUCAAAGAUCUUUUCAACUCGCGACUGAUUGUGAAUCGUGAGGGACUUGGUUUCCUUGCGACUGCAGGGGUCACAGCUGUGAUCUUGGAAGUGGAUUACUACAGGCUGUUUGAUCUCUUUGAUUGGUCCAAGUACCAAGUCAAUGCAUCUCUCAACACUAAAUGGGCUCGCAGCAACUUUAUGGAUGGCCGUCCCUUGGAUAUAUUAGGGAGCAAUCAAGGGAAUGGCAAGCACGAUGACAAAAAGAAAUUAAGUGACAAGGAGAAGGAGUUGGAGAACGUGAAGCUUAAGCAUAAAAAGGAGCUAGAAGAGGUGAAGCUUACACAUAAACAAGCGCUAGAGGAUGUGAAGCUUAAACUUAAAGAGGAGUUAGAGAAAGUGAAGCGUAAGAAUGAGGAAGAAAGGAAGGAGAAGGAGGAGAAGAUAGAUAACAUGAAGGAGGUGUUGACGAUAGCGGAGGAAGAGUUGAAGGACAGACAAGAGAAGAUUAAGAAAUUGAAAGAGGAGGUGGCGCGUGUAAAGCAGGAAGAAUUGAAGAAGAAACAAGAUGAGGUAGACAAAUUGAAAGAGGAGUUGGAGACAAUAGAGCGUAAAAAUUUGGAGGAAUCAAAGAGGAAAGAAAAUAAGAUAGAGAAAUUGAGAGAGGAGUUGGAUGAGACAGAGCGUAGGAAGCGAAUAGAGUUGAAGGAUAAAGAAGAUGAGAUAAACGAACUGAUAGAGAAGUUGGAGCGUAAAAAGGAAACAGAAGAAUUGAAAGAAGCGGCGGAGGAGUCAAAGAGGAAACAAAAUAAGAUAGAGAAAUUGAGAGAGGAGUUGGAUGAGGCAGAGCGUAGGAAGCGAAUAGAGUUGAGGGAUAAAGAAGAUGAGAUAAACGAACUGAUAGAGAAGUUGGAGCGUAAAAGGGAAACAGAAGAAUUGAAAGAAGCGUUGGAGGAAUCAAAGAGGAAACAAAAUAAGAUAGAGAAAUUGAGAGAGGAGUUGGAUGAGGCAGAGCGUAGGAAGCGAUUAGAGUUGAAGGAUAAAGAAGAUGAGAUAAACGAACUGAUAGAGAAGUUGGAUCGUAAAAGAGAAACAGAAAAAUCGAAAGAAGCGUUGGAGGAAGCAGAACGUAGAAAACAGAAAGAGUUGAAGAAGAAACAGGAUGAGAUUGAUGAACUAAAGAAAAAGCACAAGGCGGAAUUAGAGGCAAAGAAUGGAGAAAAUAUGGUUUUGGAAGAGGAGUUGAAAUUACAUGUAUUUCUAAGGAGUGGUUUCACAAAAUCAUAUUUAUUUUUUAAUAGGCUGAUGAAACACAUGGUGACCAACUUGCCAUCUUCAAAAUUGAGCAUCAUACCUGAAAGAUCAGCUAAAGAACACACUAAACCGGUAGCCGAGGGGAUUGUUCCAAUCAUGCCAAUAGGGCCAAUACUCGACUCAGUAUCAAAUUUUCCUAGUCAAAAAAUUUAUUGCGAAGAAUCGUUUUACGGUACUUACAACGAUUAUGACUUGGAUAAUUGGCAGGUUGUUCGAGUAGCGCAUACUAUACAGGCGGGUAAUCGAUUAUAUACAUUAGCGUUUUACAACGGGAAAAAGUUUCGUAACAGUAAUGGAUUCAACAGUAAGUAUCACUAUUUCAUUCCAUGUCAUGCUGAGUACCUUUCACACUAUAACAGUAAUGUAGGUUCUGUUUGUGUAUGCAAUAUAGUUGGGGUUGGCGCAAGAUAUAGUAUUGUGUGCUUUGAUACAAGUGGGAGUGAGCUAUACCCAUGAUUUGCAUGUUCUUAUGGUAUGUACACCACUGAGUACUGACUGAUGACUUCUGUAUUUGUAUAUAUUUAAAUAAAAUUGUAAAAGAGAGCUAUGAAUAUAAUCCCUUCUACUUGUAAUAUAUAGAACAACUUAUAUUGUAUCCCCUGUUUUAUUUUCUUUGAUGAACAAUCUAUUCUGGAAUGAAAUAUUGGGGAUCAAUAAUCUUUCUGAGA